UCGGCACGUUCAUACGAAUUGUUUCCAUUCUGAAUGUGGCAUUUUGUAUACCCGGCGUGCAGAAGGAUUAUCAUAGCACAGACAGAAUACUGCGCUCAUUGACUGGAAAUCUUCAUUUUAUUAACUUAAUUUAUUAGCCCAAAAUUAUAUUAAGCCUAUUGUAACAUUGAGAUAUAAUAACUGCAUAUCUGUUAUUGCAGCCCCAGUAAUAAACGGUCCGGUCUUCUGUCUAUGAUCUCAUCCCCGCCUAGAUGAUAGGAGGAGAGAGAGGAGGGACGUAAACAUAUUACACAGAGCACUCUUCAGUAAAUCUACGGUUCUCUUGUGUCUGUCUUCGCGAGUGAUCAUCUGAAAUGGCAACCAGUGUAAAGAGGCCGUCCCUGGGUCCGGUCCCUCCCCCCAGGAAGAAGUCCAACCCCAAGUCAGAGCUCACUGAGGAGCUGAAACAGGAGAUCAGAGAGGCCUUUGAACUGUUCGACACCGACGCCUCCGGAUACAUCGAUGUCAAGGAGUUAAAGGUUGCUAUGAGGGCGCUGGGGUUUGAGCCGAAGAAAGAGGAGAUUAAGAGGAUGAUAACAGAGGUGGAUAAGGACGAAACAGGAAAGAUCUCCUUCUCUGAUUUCCUCACCGUCAUGACUCAGAAGAUGGCUGAGAAGGAUUCUAAGGAGGAGAUCCUGAAAGCAUUCCGUCUGUUUGAUGAUGAUGAGACGGGGAAGAUCUCCUUUAGGAACCUGAAGAGGGUCGCUAAGGAACUGGGAGAGAACCUGACUGAUGAGGAACUGCAGGUGAGGUAUACAUCUGGACAGCACUGUAUACACGGACAGCACCUUUUCCCCAAACCUGGAGAGUACUGUACACACAGCGUGAACAUACAGGAUGAUUUAGGAGAUGAUCGAGGAGGCAGACAGGGAUGGAGACGGAGAGGUGAACCAGGGAGAGUUCCUCCGCAUCAUGAAGAAGACUAGCCUGUACUGAGACUAGACCAGGGUGUUGUGGGGUGGAGGGUGAUGUUUGGGACAUAUAGGGGCAGAGGAGACUAUGGUUUGGUUUUUACAUGUUAUGUACUAGUCAACUCAUUACUCAGUUAUCCAGGCCUGUCCUAGUUUAAUUAGACAACUUCCUUUUCUUGUCUCCUUGCUGUCACGACCUUUCAUCAGUUAGAUAUUCUUUAUAGCUCUUCUCUUUCUUUUAGUUAGAAUGCUGGUAGAGUCCCAAAACAGUGCUUUCAUCUAUCUAAGCCCUGUUUCACACUUCAUAUGUGUCAUUGUGAAGGUUAAUGGGACAAGGGAAGGAAGCUCUUUAGGACGCCUAGGGUCUAUCCCUAGACAUUCCCUCCAACACUCACCUCCUCUAUCCCUAGACAUUCCCUCCAACACUCACCUCCUCUAUCCCUAGACAUUCCCUCCAACACUCACCUCCUCUAUCCCUAGACAUUCCCUCCAACACUCACCUCCUCUAUCCCUAGACAUU